UUUUCUUCCGUUUGAAGCAUGGGCCUGAAGUUGUGAUCUUUGAGAACUUGUAUUUCACACGUGUACGCAAAUCAUAGAGUUUUCUUGUCAAAUAUUUACGAAAUUAAACCGCCUCUGUUCAGGAACAGGUGGUUAUAUAUUGAUUUGGGGAAAAUACCACUUAAUUGGGCUAAAAAGGUAAUGCGCGUCUUCAUUCGAAUUGCAUUUUGAAGCAACUCCUCCUUUUGGGCGCUUUGUCGCGCCGUAGCAACUCGGUAAUGUACUGCUCGGUAAGGUCGAUUGAAAGUGCCGACUAUAUAGGACUGGGUGUGUGCGAAGUUUAUGUCAAUCAAAAUUUGCCGGUUUGUUGCAGAAAUUGACAUUGACAGGUUGUGCGACAGUUUUACAUCCGAUGAUCACAAGUCCUGGUCGAUGGAGUCGUAAGGCAGUGUCAUUCAGAAGCUAAAAAGGUACAUGCAUCAACAAAAGGGAAUUUCAUCCAAGAGGAAGUGUUGCCUGUAGGCAGAAAUCACCAUGGUGAUUCUAACAAAGGGGGAUUGUGUGUGGUUGGAGGACCCCAGGAAGUCGGGGAUGAAUGUGCCCAUUGGGGCGACAGUCAAAAUUGCCGAGUCGGGACGAUUACAGCUUCUGGACGACGAAGGAAAUGAUCACUGGCUGUCUCGCGAUGUGGCCUCCAAGUUGCGAACCAUGCACAUCUCCUCUGUGGACGGAGUGGAAGACAUGAUACGACUCGGGGAUCUCCACGAAGCUGGUAUCCUGCGGAACCUUCUCAUCAGAUACAAUAACAAUCUCAUAUAUACCUACACUGGUUCCAUCCUGGUAGCCGUCAACCCCUACCAGGUUCUGCCGAUUUAUAACGUGGAGCAGAUCAACCAGUACAGAGACAAACGUAUCGGCGAGUUGCCACCACACAUCUUUGCCAUUGCCGACAACGCUUACUACCGCAUGAUACGAGGACAAAAGGACCAGUGUGUCAUCAUCAGUGGUGAGAGUGGUGCCGGGAAGACAGAGAGCACCAAGCUGAUUCUGCAGUUUCUGGCAGCCGUGAGUGGGCAGCAUUCUUGGAUUGAGCAGCAGAUCAUUGAAUCCAACCCCAUCAUGGAGGCCUUUGGCAAUGCCAAGACAAUACGAAAUGACAAUUCCAGCCGAUUUGGCAAGUACAUCGACAUCCACUUCAGCGAAAGGGGCGUAAUUGAGGGAGCCAAGAUUGAUCAGUAUCUGCUGGAAAAAUCACGGCUGGUUGGACAGCUUCCAGAUGAGAGGAAUUACCACAUCUUCUACUGCAUGCUGCAAGGAUUGACCCCUGACGAGAAGAGUAAACUUGAGCUUGGUAAUGCUGAGGACUACAAUUACCUCAUACAGGGUGACUGUAUCACCUGCGAGGGUCGCAAUGACCAGAAGGAGUUUGCUGACAUCCGCUCGGCCAUGAAGAUCCUGACCUUCAGUGACACUGAGAUCUGGGACAUCAUGCGACUCCUGGCAGCCAUCUUGCACUUUGGAAACAUUGACUAUGAGGCUGUAGAAACAUCCAACCUGGACGCGACUGGAUUCCACAGCCACUUGGAGACAGGAAGGAUCUCAAUGCUCCUGGAGAUCAACCAGCGAGCACUGGAAGAAGCAUUGACCACCAAAUCCACCACUGCUCAAGGGGAGGUCAUCAUCUCACCGGUCAGUAAGGCCAAGGCCAUUGACAUGAGGGAUGCCUUAGUUAAGGCCAUCUAUGGCCGCAUGUUCAUCUGGAUUGUCAGCAAGCUCAACGAAGCCACCUACAGGCCUCCCAAGGAUCGCAACACCACGCGACUCAGCAUCGGCCUGUUGGACAUCUUCGGCUUUGAAAACUUUGGCAAGAACAGUUUUGAGCAGAUGUGCAUCAACUACGCCAAUGAGAAUCUUCAGCAGUUCUUUGUGCGACAUAUUUUCAAGUUGGAGCAGGAAGAAUAUGACCGGGAAGGCAUCAAGUGGCAGCAUAUCAAGUUUGUGGACAACCAGGAAACCCUUGACAUGAUAGCAGCCAAGCCUAUGAACAUCAUUGCCCUGGUGGAUGAAGAAAGCCGCUUCCCUAAGGGCACGGAUGCCACCAUGUUGAACAAGUUGAAUGAACAGCACGGCCGUAAUCCUCUCUUCGUCCGUUCGCCAGGAGCACGAAGCACCCAGUUUGGUAUCAACCACUUCGCCGGGACAGUGUACUAUGAAACAGUUGGUUUCUUGGACAAGAACCGCGACACCUUCAGCCCAGAUUUCAUCAAGCUGAUCGAGACGGCCGGCAACAAAUACCUACGACGCCUCUUCGAGACGGACAUCAAACAGAGCGGGGACUCGCGCAAGAAGUCACCCACCCUGGGCACGCAGUUCAAGAAGUCCCUGGAUUCUCUGAUGAACACACUCAGUCAGUGCCAGCCGUUCUUUGUGCGCUGCAUCAAGCCCAACGAGCACAAACGGGCCAAAGAGUUUGAGAGAGAUCUUGUUGUCAGGCAGCUGCGUUACUCCGGCAUGAUGGAGACCAUCAGAAUCCGUCGUGCCGGUUAUCCGAUCCGCCACACGUUCAAGGAGUUUGUGGAUCGUUACCGCAUGCUGGUGAUGGGUAUUCAGCCCUCACACAAAGAGGACUGCCGAGCAGCCUCUAACAAGAUCUGCAAGGCACAUCUUGGCAGCCAGGACUGGCAGCUUGGCCACCACAAAGUCUUCCUGAAGGAUGCUCACGAUCUGCAUCUGGAGCAAGAGAGAGACAAGGCAUUGACGGCCCGAUGCAUCAUCAUCCAGAAGACCUUCAGGGGAUGGUUCUACCGCAAACGCUUCCUGCAGAUGAGGAAGAGCGUCACCAUCAUCGCCAAGGCCUGGCGCAAGUACGCCCAGAGGAUCCGUUACAUUAAGAUGAAGCGCGGUUAUCAGCGUUUGCAAGCUGUGCUGCGAGGGAGAGUCUUGAGUUAUCGCUACCAGUUCAUGCGGAGGAGGCUCCUGAAAUUCCAGGCUCACUGUCGCGGAUACCUGAUCCGUACAGAGAUCAGCCACUACCUGACCAGCGUCAUUAAGAUCCAGGCUGGUUUCCGCAUGCUGCUGCAGCGCCGCAUCUACAAGAAGCUGUUGGCAGACUACCGACGGCGCAUAGAGGCGGAGCGUAUCCGUCUGGAGGAGGAGAAGAAACUGAAGAAGCAGAUCGGUGCCAAGAAAGCCAAGGAAGAGGCAGAGCGGAGAAUGCAGCAGCGCAUCCAGGAGAUGGAAGAGGAAGAUCAGAGACGUCAACAGGAGGAGGAAGAGGAGAGGAUAGCCAAGAUGGAAGCCAUCAAAGAAGCCGAGAGGAGGCGCAACACGGAGCAGACCACAGCCGAAGUAGUGGACGAUCUCUUUGGGACCUACGACGAUGAUGGGCAGCAGGGUCGAGGCCCUAGAGGAUUUGAGGAUUUGGAGCAGUCCCGUCGGGCCGCCAUCGAGUUCGGCCCAGAUGAUGACAUGAUGGCGCCAGCCGUGCCUGAAUCGGAGGAGGACAUCUCCGAGUACAAGUUUGCCAAGUUUGCAGCCACAUACUUCCAGGCGGGGGCCAACACGUCGUUCAUCAAGCGGCCUUUGAAGGAACCACUGCUGGACCUGAGGAAUGAAAAUGACCGGCAGGCUGCCUUGGCUGUGUGGAUCACCAUUCUUCGCUUUAUGGGGGACCUUCCAGAGCCCAAGGCCCAAUCCGCUCUAGCCGACAGGGACGGGAAGUCAGUCAUGACAAAAAUCUACAACACCCUGGGAAGGACACGAGGCAAAAAGGAAUUGGAGGAUGCCAGGGAGAACAUGAAAGAUGAUGGCAUGCCACCACCGUCCAUGCAUGUGGGCACUGGCCGGUCCAAUAAGAGCACCAUGCGCAAGAAGCUGGUGUCCCUGACCUUGAAGAAGAAGUCCAAGAUUACCCAGGAAGUGGCGGAGAGGAUCCGAGAUGGAGAGGAGACGGAGUACGGCAACACCAUGGUGAUUGACCGGCCAACCUCUAACCUGGAGAAGCUUCACUUCAUCAUUGGACACGGCAUCCUCCGGCCAGAAUUGAGGGAUGAGAUCUACUGCAUGAUUUGUAAACAGCUUACCAACAACCCUUCUAAGAGCAGUCAUGCUAGGGGAUGGAUCUUGCUGUCUCUUUGCGUGGGCUGCUUUGCUCCGACAGACAGGUUUGUGAAGUACCUACGGUGUUUCAUUAGUGAGGGUCCACCAGGCUAUGCACCGUACUGUGAGGAGAGGCUACGACGGACCUUUGCCAACGGGUCCCGGACCCAGCCCCCUAGCUGGUUGGAGUUACAGGCCACCAAAUCCAAGAAGCCGCUCAUGCUCCCCAUCACCUUCAUGGAUGGCACCACCAAGACCCUGCUGGCCGAUUCAGCCACCACAGCCAGGGAACUCUGUGGUCAGCUGUCGGAGAAGAUUGGCCUCCGAGACCAGUUUGGGUUCUCUCUCUACGUGGCUCUCUUUGACAAGGUGUCGUCGUUGGGCAGCGGGGGUGACCAUGUCAUGGAUGCCAUCUCACAGUGUGAGCAGUACGCCAAGGAGCAAGGCGCCCAGGAACGUAAUGCACCUUGGCGCCUGUUCUUCCGCAAGGAGAUCUUUGCUCCCUGGCAUGAUCCCACUGAGGACCCCAUCGGGACCAACCUGAUCUACCAGCAGAUCGUCCGAGGCAUCAAGUUUGGAGAAUACAGAUGUGACAAGGAUAGUGACCUAGCUGGCAUAGCAGCUCAGCAGUAUUACGUGGGCUACGGCGAAGAGAUGAUCUAUGAUCGACUGACCAACCUGUUGCCAACCUAUAUACCGGACAACUCCAUGACGGGAUCCAAGACUGUGGAACGCUGGGCUCAAAUGGUCAUGAACGAACUCAAGAAUAGCUACUAUGUCAAAGAGCACGUGGACAAGCUGCGAGUCAAGGAGGAUGUUGUCAACUACGCCCGCUUCAAGUGGCCGCUCCUCUUUUCGCGCUUCUACGAGGCCUUCAAGUUCUCGGGCCCCAGCCUACCCAAGAAUGACGUGAUUGUUGCUGUAAACUGGACUGGGGUAUAUGUCGUGGAUGAUUUGGAACAAGUCCUUCUGGAGCUGUCCUUCCCAGAGAUCACCCAGGUGUCCAGUAGCAGGACCGGCAAGCUUCACGGGCAGAGCUUCACCAUCCUGACAGUCAAAGGCGAUGAGUACACAUUCACGUCCUCCAAUGCCGAAGACAUCCGCGAUCUGAUCGUCUUCUUCCUAGAGGGAAUGAAGAAGAAAUCUCGCUAUGUUGUGGCUCUGCAGGACAACCCAGACCAAGGUCAAGGGUCAUCAUUCCUGAGUUUUCAGCGUGGUGACCUGAUCAUCCUUGAGCAAGAGAACGGCGACGCUUUGAUGGAGAGUGGCUGGUGUUAUGGGGAGAAUGAUCGGACUGGACGCAAAGGAGACUUCCCUGCUGAGUGUGUCUACGUCCUGCCCACCACCACCAAACCGGCUCCUGACAUUGUGGCCUUGUUCACCAUGCAGCCCCAGGAGAUGUCCGACAGGAUGCUUGCCUCCCACGAGGAGGCCAUGAGAAACGGUGACCCCCACCAGCGUCAGCACACCCUGGAGGAGUUUGCCAUCGAUCAUUUCAGGCCUCCACCCAAGCGCACCCUCAGCCGGGCUGUCAAGCGUCGCACCAGGGACAAUUUAUGGAGUCACAGCAAGGAACCCAUCAGACAGCCACUUCUCAAGAAACUCCUCAACAACCCAGAAUUGGCCGAGCAGGCCUGCGAUGCCUUUGAAGCUAUUCUGAAGUACAUGGGUGACUUCCCUACAAAGAGAUCCUAUCGCCAUGGCAAUGACCUCACAGACAAAAUCUUCGAGUCGGCACUAAAGAACGAGCCGUUGAAGGAUGAGGUCUAUUGUCAGAUCAUUAAACAACUGACCGACAACAGACUCAGGUUGAGUGAGGACCGUGGUUGGGAGCUGAUGUGGUUGGUGACCGGCAUCUUCGCCUGCAGCCAGACCCUCAUGCCAGAGGUCACCAAGUUCCUGCGGUCGGGUACCAACAACCUGGCAGCUGACUGCCUACAUCGCUUGCAGAAGACCAUCCGUUACGGCCAGCGCAAGUACCCACCACACCUGGUGGAGGUAGAGGCCAUCCAACACAAGACCACACAGAUCUUCCACAAGGUGUACUUCCCUGAUGACACCGAUGAGGCCUUUGAAGUAGACUCUGGGACCAGGGCUAAAGAUUUCUGUCAGAACAUCGGGCAGCGAUUGAGAUUGAAGUCAUCUGAAGGUUUCAGUCUGUUUGUCAAGAUUGCUGACAAAGUGAUCAGCGUUCCAGAAGGUGACUUCUUCUUUGACUUUGUGCGUCAUCUGACUGACUGGAUCAGAAAAGCGAGGCCAAGUCGAGAGGGUACCAUACCAGUUCUGACCUACCAGGUCUUCUUCAUGAAGAAGCUGUGGACCAACACGGUGCCAGGCCGCGACCCCAACGCUGACGUCAUCUUCCACUAUCACCAGGAGAUGCCCAAGCUCCUGCGUGGCUACCACAAGGCCAGCAAGGAGGAGGCGGCUCAGCUGGCUGCGUUGCAGUACCGGGUGCGCUUCGCUGAUGACAAGUCGGAGUUUCAGAACAUCCCUCGCAUGAUGAAGGAGUUGCUACCGGCCGAUAUGAUCCGCAGCAUGUCACCGGAAGACUGGAAGCGGGCAAUUGUCGCUGCAUAUAACAAACAUUCGGGCAAGUCCAGAGAUGAUGCCAAGAUAGCAUUCCUCAAGAUCGUGUACCGAUGGCCCACGUUUGGUUCAGCCUUCUUCGAAGUCCGACAAACCUCGGAGCCCACCAUGCCAGAGAUUUUGCUGAUUGCCAUCAACAAGCUCGGCGUCAACCUGAUUGAUCCACGCAGUAAGGAGACUCUGGCUACCUACUCCUUCACCAAGAUCUCUAAUUGGAGCAGUGGCAACACCUACUUCCACAUGACCAUCGGUAACCUGGUGCGGGGUACCAAGCUGCUUUGUGAAACAUCGCUGGGAUACAAGAUGGAUGACCUCUUGACCUCUUACAUCAGCCAAAUGCUGACAAACAUGAAUAAGCAGAGAGCCAACAGUCGCAAGUAAACGGUUAGAGUAUACCGGUUCAAACUAGUUCCGACCAGCACUGAGACGGUAAGCAUGUUUUAUCAGUAUUUGCUAACCAAUACUGACAUGUGACAUUCCCAACCAGUUCUUAGUACUUGAUGCCAGUACUCACCUUUGACAGGUGCAGACCCGACUCUUUACUAAACCCAUCUGGACCAGUCCAGACAGGUUCACAGCAGUUUAAAUAUGCAUCAUUGAAAAACAGUACUUCUUUGUAGUAUAAGAUUUAGACAUAUUAUUUGUUCAGACAGUACUUUGAAUAAACUGGAAAAGUCGCUGCAUUCAGAAGGUUAUCUUUAAAAACUAAUGACUUCUCCUCAAAAAAGAGUGAUUGAUGGAUAAUGUAAUCUAUCAGAGGGAUAAGUGACCUUUAUAUUUUUGUCAGUCAAAUUGAACAGUCAAAAAUUGACAUCAUUUUCAAAACCUGGAGUAAGUUAAAAAUAAUACUCCCCAAACCAGAGAACUAGGGUAGUUUGGGUCCACUUUACCUUGUACCUGUUCUGUAUUUAUAACAAUAAUUAAGGUUUAAGCUGAGAAAUUGAAUUGAGGACUAAAUGAAGAGAUCUUAAUAAAUCUACAAAAGGGCCUGAACAGGAAAUAUGUGGUGAAGUUUUCAUGAAAAAUCCAGACAUCCGACAUCUGGUAUUCACAUUUUGUAAGUCUUAUUUCAGGGCGUUUCUUUGGUUCUUUGCGCCAUUUUUUCUUUUGUGUCAUUCUUGAUUUUUCAUCUUGAGUUUGAUUUGUUUCUUCUAAUUCGCUUGUUUAAAUAAUGUGCAGUUUCUUUGAUGUGAUUUGUGUGAUUGGAGCCUGAAAUUAGAGGUACAUUCGCUUCUAGAAACAGAUGUUUUCUUAUUUUUGGCAGAGUAGAUGAGGGGAUAGAGAUUAAUCAUGUUUAAUGUAUAAUGAAUGACAAAGUCAUGUUCCCAAAGUGAUGACUUUUUAAAAGCAUUUCCAGUCUUGGUUUCAAAUGAUUCGAAAUUCCAUGAACCAUGGUCAAAUCUUGUUAAUGAAAGCACAGUUAACACAGCAUUCUACUCAUAACGAGGACAAUUUUUGGUUCCAUUCAUUUGUUUUUCAUUGCUUGCAUUCCUGAUAAUAAAAGGUUCCCGUUAUAACAAGGUCAUCGGCAAACUCCAAAGGACCUCUGAUUGAGGUUUUACUGUAAUUUCUUCUCCAAAUUUAUAAAGCUGGCUUUUUAAGUUUCUGUAUUCACUGAUUGUUGUUUCCAGUCACACACCUAGCAAAGUAAUCACUACUUGGUAUGUAUUCAUUCAAGCUCUUUGUAUGAGUGGCCAUGUGUCGCUAGAAGUAAUUGAGAAGAUAUGACCCGGGGUUACGUAAUACGUCCAUUGUCAGAGGGUUGUUGGAAGGUCAUAAUUCCCUUUCUGAAUUCUUCAUCAGAACUUAAAAUGGUUCUGAUUUUUUUCCCAGUUAUAUUUGGUAGAACUUUAAGAACAAAAAAGUCUUGAGUCAUAAAUAACUAUACUGUGACAUGGUGGAGAAUUUCUAUUCAGUAUCCAGAUUUGAUGCAAUAUGUAACAUGCCGGAAUAUUUGGUAUCCGUUGUUGGUAAUCAUGGUCUAUGGUUGUGUACAUGUUAUUCUAGAAAAAUUAUUUUGGUGUUUCAUGGGAGCUUUCAAUUUGUUUUCAUUUCUGUCACUUACAGUUAUUUUUAUCCAUGCAAGAAAUUGACGCAUCUUGACAAAAGUUUUAUGAAAUAAGAUUCCUAAAUUUCCUGUAAGAAAAUACUUUUGUCUGUAAUGUUUCAGACAGGUUUAUCCGUUAUUUUUUUUUUCUUUCAGGAAAUCACUUGGGUGUCCAAAGUAUAUUUCCUUUGUGUAUUCUGCUAUUUUGAACAAUUCUAACAAUUGUGGAUAGAGGCAUGAUGGUAGUAUCAGGAACAUUGGGUUUACUGGUAUGUACCAAAUUAGUAUUCAAUUUAGAGAAAAACUGUGCCAGAAUUUCUUACAGGUUGCCUGUGGUCAAUUCAUGGUUUUAUGAGUUCAUACGACAUUUAUAUUGUAAUUGCAUCUGAUAAAGUUAUUACCCAUUUUUCUUCUGAAGAGUUUUGAAGUAUUCAGAGAAUUUAGUAGAUGGUGUCACUGACCAUUCUUUCGAUAUACACUUUAUGGCAAGGAAUGUAUUCAUUUUUUUGUCUUUUUUUUGUAAUUUUAAAAUCAGGGUUUGUGUGAUGUUAUGGUAAUAAGAAUUCUACUUAGUGAUGUCUACUUAUGAUAGAUCAAUUUGUACAUUAGCGCAAAUCAGCAUCAUCGCUGCCUUAACAGAAAGUCAUAUUUUCAGGCGGGAAAAAGUUUGUGUAUAUUUAUGUUAUUCAUGUAUACAAUUCUAUUUUAUGCUUUUUGAUACACUAAUAGCUGUCAUGAAGAGAUGGAUUGAGCUUUAUAGUGCCUUUGGUAGCAAUAAUUCACGGCAAAAGUAUUUUAACGGUUGUUUGUUUUGAUGAUUAGAUGUAGAAAUGAAAUCUGCCAACAGAUGAUAAAUAAAAUAUCACCAGAAAAAUGGA